AUGGAAGCUGAGGCCGUUUUGAACCUCCUCGACUCCUCCUGGUUCUACAUCAAACCCUUCGAAAACCAGCCAAAUCCCUCGAUCGGCGAUCUAAACCCUAAUCCCCGAAUCACAGAAAUCCCGCCGGAGCCCUGCCUCACGCGCCGGCUGACGAUCCACACCAGAUCGAAAAGCGAUCAGCUGAUAAAAAUCCCAAUCGUCGGCACUGAUGUUUUCUCACCUCGAAUUUCUCGAAAACCCAAUCUCCAGACGAUACUGUCGGGGAGAGAGAUUGACCCGCUCGAUAAACCGGUAAAGGAAUUCACUGAGCCGGCUACGAAAAAGAAGAAGGAGAAGAAGAAGAUCCGGUUCACGAAGAGCUUAUCGGAGCUGGAAUUUGAGGAGAUGAAGGGGUUUAUGGAUUUGGGCUUUGUGUUUUCAGAGGAAGACAAAAAGGACCCGGGCUUAGUGGAGAUAGUUCCUGGGCUGCAGAAAUUGGGCCUCGAGGAAGGGAGAAGGGUGGAACAAUUGGUUGGGCCGAGGGCAAGGCCGUAUCUUUCUGAGGCCUGGGGUGCUUGUGAUAGAGAGACGGGCCCAGGCCCAUUGCUGAUGGAGUUGAUAAUGCCUGCGGUUAUGAAUGAGAUUGAUAUGAAGGAUAGUCUCAAGUGGUGGGCCCAUAGCGUGGCUUCUGCUGUUAGAUGA